UUCUUCCUUGUGCAUUUUAGGGAUACACACAAUGUGCGUGUGCAGUGAAAUGGAGUGAAAACGCCAAAGACCAAGGAUUAACAACCUAAUAAUAAACUUAAUAUAAACUUGAAGCAGUAAUUAAACGAAACAGAGAAAUAUCCCCCUCCCCCCACGAAAAGGACAACACACGUGACUGUGUGCGUGCGUGUGCUGCGUAUGUGUAUGAGUGUGUGAAGGAAUUUCCUUCUGGCAGAAAGAAAUCCCGUUAGAUAAAAGCAGAAAAGCGAGCCGAAAUGGACAGCUCGCCGGAUCUGUCGCUGAAGCUCCGACGCGGCAGCAGCGAUUCGCGUGACAAUUUUUACAUGGACUUUGCCCAGGGCAUCGACUCCGAUAUCGAGGAGGUGGACACAGCCCAGGCUCAGGGUCAGGGCCAGGAGGUACCACCGCCACCGCCGCCACUGCCCACAGUUUCGCUGGCCGAGGAGGUAAUGCUUCUGGUGGCACCACCGCCGCCGCCACUGCCCACGCUGCUGGGCCAGCCGCUGCCCACGCUGACAGAGACGGAUGACAUACCGCCAACGCCCACGCCACCGCCACAGCAGGAAGAGGACCAGGAUCCCCAGGAGGAUGAUCAGGAGGAGGAGGAUGAAGAGGAGGUGGAGGAGGAGCCGGAGCCCGAGGAGGAGGGAGCUGGCUCUGUGCUUGAUCUGGCGCUGAUACCACCGCCACCAUUAUCCCCGCUCGAUGAUGCCGGCCUGCGGACCGAUGAUGAUGGCGAGGGCGAGGAGACCGAUGAUGCCGAGGAUGCUGUGCCCAUGCCACUGCCCCAGGAGCAGCCUGAAGAAGCACAAGAAGAGUUGGAGGAGAAUCCCGAAGAGGAGAAGGAAGAUUCCGAUGAUGAGGACAAGUCAACGCCACCGCCACCACUGCCGCCGCUACCAUCGAAUCUCUCCUAUGUCCAGGGACACAAUCUCGGCCAGGUGGUUACACCGCCGCUCACCAAAUCACCAUCCACUUCACCCUCACCGCCCGUGACCCCGCCGCCGUGUCCAGAGCUCAAUCUCAGCCGAAUGGUAUCCUCGCCACCGGCUCAGCACAUCAGCCAGAUACCGCCACUGACGCCCUCGUCGGAAAGCGAGAACGAAGCUGAAUCCCAGCCCAAUUCGCCGCCUCUGCCGAAUCCCCGACUGGAACCCGAGGCUGAAGUUGAACCGGAACCGGAGCCGGUGAGUGGAGCUCGCGAGGACUACAGUCGUUCGUUGGACAACGAGGAUGAGUCCACCACAAUUACCACACCGCCAAGCAAUGGCUAUUCGGCCUCCUCGAUCAUAGCACCGCCGCCAGAGCAUUUUGGUGAGCUGGACGAGGACAGGGGCUUUAUACCGCCACCGCCACUUGACCAGGCAGAUGAGGAGGAGGAGGAGGAGCCUGAGCCGGAGCCCGAUAAUGAAGAGGAGGAGGAAGAGCUAACCAAGGUGGAGACGGAUGAACUGUCCGUGGACAGGGAAUCGCUGCAGGAGCAGCCCGGCGACAGCAUUAGCUCGCCGCGAGCGGCCAGCAUAGCCAGCGGUGCCCUGGCUGGCCUCACCGGCUCCAUAUCCGCCUCCAUCGGUGGUGGAGGAUCUCCGAAGCCGGAGAGCCGUGGACCCAGUCGCAGUGGCAGCCAGCGAUCGCAGCAGAUGAGGGGAUCACAACCAGGAUCGCGGCAGAGCUCACAGCCAGGAUCAAGGGCUGGCUCCCAGCCAGGAUCUCGAAUUGGUUCACGCACGGGAUCCGUGGCCUCGGCUGGCCAUGCUGCCGGCAUCCUCUCUCCCCAGGCCUCGAUCAAAUCGCAGACAUCGGUUCGGAGUCCGGCGGUGUCGCAGCGUCAGAGCGUACAGAGCCCGCCGGCUGGUGAGGGUGCUCCGGUGAUGCCAUCGCCACCGCUAAUGCGUAGCCCACCGCCGGAGCUGGCCCGCCAGAUGCACAGUCCGCCAAGGAUCACAACACCGCCGCGGGUCUGCAGUCCUCCACUGGUGAGCAGUCCGCCUAAGCUGGCGGAGACGGCAGCCACUGCCGCCGCUGCUGCUGCCGGAGUCACCAAGGAGCCAGCCAGCUCCCUAAGUUCCGCUGCUGUUGGCGAACCCUUGGAGCCACCGCUGGCCACCGUUAGCUACCAGGAUGAGCAAAAACCAAAGCCGGCUCCGGCGACCGUGGUCACCAGCCAGCCAGCCCGGGCUCACUUUACCAGCAGUCACCAUCACUAUCACUUGCCGCACCAGUUCCAGCAUCCCCACCAUCAGAACCAUCACACGCACAGUGUCCGGGUGCCCACGCCUACGGUGCCCAGCAGUUAUGCACCGCCGCCAUCGUCUUCGGAGGGCGGCAGUUCACCCGGUGAUCAGCGUCGUCGUCUCAUGACGCCCGCUUCCGUUUCCGGUGCCGGUGCUGGGCUGUUAGCCGCCACAUCCGCAUCCUCGGCUGGCCCAGACUUAGCAGUGGCCGUGUCGCCGGGCCGGGUAUCGGCUCGUUCCGGUUCGCAGCAUCAUGUGACCAUCGAUGAGUCGAGUUUGCCGCACAAGAGCAGCAUCCAGGAGACACCAGGACCCAGUGGCCUGAUCGUGGGCACCGGUGAGGGUGAUGGCGAUCGGGAUAUUGGACGCGGAGGCGGUGGCGGUGGCGAUAGCUCUGAUCCCCCCUCAUCGCCAGGAGGCAGUAGCUCACAGCCAGGAGGAGGCGGUGGCCUGGGUAGCCAGCGGGAGGAGGGGCAGCUGGCAUUGAUGUAUCACUCGCACCAGCUGACCAACUAUCCGGUGCUGCCGGCCAUCAAGCGCACCCACCGGCCAUCCUUUGUGUAUCCGCCAAUGCCGAGGGUCAAGGCCGGCGAUGCCUUGGCCACCUUAUUCUCUGCACUUUAUGGCAAACUUUUGGUGGUUAUGGGCAUAGCCUUUCCCAUGGCCGAGGUCAUUUCCACCUAUAUUCCGCCAUCCUUCUAUGAGGUGUACUAUUUGUACUUGUACAUAGGCAGCAUGAUUUUCCUGCUCUUUAUGUACGCCACCCUGCUCUGGGGACGACCCAAGUUGCCAGUGCCCAUAGCCACCUCUCCCAACAAAUCGACGACCAAGGCCAGUGGCACGGACAGCAUGGAUGAAUCGGACACGGAUAGCAACUCGGUGCAUCGCCGCCUGCCACCGGCAAUACCAGUGCGGCGACCCUCGCUGCUCUCCCCCCUGGGCAGGCAGCAUCACUAUGGCAGCUUCUACCUACGCAUGGGGGCUGUGGCCUUUGGUAUUGGCAGCAUGAUCUAUUCGGGCCUGGAGUUUGGCCAGUACUUUGAGCUCAAUCCGGAUACCAAAUGCCACAAUGUGCUGCUGGCCCUGACACCGGCCACCCGAAUGGCCUUCAUCUUCAUCCAGAUGUACUUCAUUUUCCUGAACAACGAACAGAUCAAGGUGUAUCGCUACAAGAUUAUCGCACGCUUCGGCCUGAUGCACAUGAUCGGGACCAAUCUGGCCGUAUGGCUGAAUGUCCUCAUUCAGGAGACAAAGCAUGAGAUUUUGACCUUUUACAAUCCGGAGAAUCGUACGUUGAGGAUUUCGCAUAGGAUACCAGGACACUCGCGUGGUCAUGCCAUCAUACCGCAUGAUCCAACGGCGCAUUUGAGAGUGCCCCGCGGGCUCAAGGGACCCUAUCAGAUUUUUGAGUGCCGCCGAACAAACAUCAUUGGUACUUUGGUGCAGGAUGCCUCUCCAUUUCUAUUUCCCUGCACUAUUGAGUACUCGCUGAUCUGUGCCGCCAUACUGUAUGUGAUGUGGCGCAGCAUCUCCCGACCACAGACACCGAAUACACCUCAACGUCCGGACAUGAUUAGCUCACCGAUGAAGCGUUCGCCGCAUCAUUAUUCGGUGGACUGUGCCCGCGCCCACAAGGGUCUGUUUGUGGGCAUUCUCAUCCUAGUGCUGACCAUCAUCUCACUGAUUAUUUUCUUUGUUUUGAUUUCGCGACCCGAAUUUGUGGCCAUGGCCGUGACGGAGGUGACCAUUUGUGAGUUGCUUAUUUAUGGCACAGCCACAAUUGCCACAUUGCUGGGCAUGAUACAGAUCCGGCAUUUGCAGUAUGAUGCCUACAGAAGCUUCUCCCUGGAUGAUAUACUAUUGGUGGGUGCUCAAACGGGUUCGUUUCUGUAUAAUAUCUUUACCGUAAUUGCCGGACACUUUACGCUGCGCAGCGAUGAUAUGCUGGUACCCAUUAAUGCCUUGGCUUCGAUUGUUCAAACUGCCUGCCAGACAAUGUUUAUAUUGGAUGCCAGCCGUCGACAGGCUGUUAGUCCAGAGCAUAUAAGAAAGAAGCCAGGACGGGAGAUAGUCACCUUUAUGCUGGUGGUCAAUCUGGCCAUGUGGGCGAUUAGCACGUUGGAGAAAUCACGAGCAGAAUCCCAUCCCAUACAAUUGAACUUUUAUGGGCUGUGGGCCUGGACAAUCAUAACGCAUGUAUCGAUGCCAUUGGCUAUAUUCUAUCGUUUCCAUUCGACAGUUUGCUUGUGCGAGAUCUGGAAGCGGGCCUAUAAGCUAAAGCCAACGUAUAUGUGAGAGUUUGCCCGCUCGCGCAUCCAAAGCAUUGCGCAGCAGCAUCAAUUUUGUGAGGAUCUCAAAACGAAUUUGUCCUACUGCUAUUGCUCUACAACGCUGGCGGGCGGUGAACUGGAGACCGUCGAGGAGGUGGACAGUGGGGAGAGUAAUUCAGCUGAAGGUGGAGCAGGAGCAGAAGCUGUACAACAAGAGGAAGAAGGGGAGCUAGGCGGCGACAGGUGUCAGGGUUUGAGGGCACCCAUCCGGGCGCUGUCGCCGCAAUCUCUGAAUACGGAGAAGGCCUUCUGUCCGGUUUACGUGAUCAAUGGCGAAUGAGUUUACGCGCAUUUUGAGUUCAUUGAUGCCCUCAGUGGCCAUGAGCUCAGCUUUGUCUAGGACAUAACCACCAUCACCCACCAUUAGAGACACCACCCAGAAAACGAACCAGCGCAUCCCUAGACACAAGCCCCUUUUAAAGACAUAUCCCGACAAAAAAAGAGAUAUAGAAAGGAUAUUUAGAGCGAGAGUUAUACAAGCAAUACAGCAUUAGUGGGUAUCCUUUCAGGAUUUAGGCAGAAAACAUCACUCUAAAGGAUAUGCCAGUUAUUUGUAGAGAGUAUUCAUGUUCAGCAUCCCUCAUAUACUAAAGGAAAGUUAAGCCAAAAUUCAAGAAUAUAUCGAAAAAAAAAGGGUUAGGCUUUGCUAUGAAAAGCAUUUUAUAUGUUUAUAUACACACUAUAUAGAACUGAAACUGAGUAAGAAUCAGCGGGUUGUUAAACUAAAGAUCAGCUAAAGCCAGGAUAAAGGAUAUUUACUUGAAAGUGAAAUCGUAAGAGAAGGAGAAGUCAUUUGAACCCCACCAGGAACCGCAUAAAACCCACACUGGACUACCAAGUAGACAGUUGACACAUUCAAACACUCACAGCCUAGCACCUAAGGUUAUAAAAAAACAAAAAAAAAAAAACAUAUAUAUACUCACUCCAUUAUAAUGUAGACAUUCGAUGAGUAUCCUUUUUCCCCAUUAUAUAAUUAUUGUUGAGAUAUUACGUUGAUCAUUAAGCGAAAUCUGUUGAAGCAGCCGUAGGUGAUCUUCGGUGUUGUUAGGAACCUUGUUUCCUUCCCCAUUUUCUUAUAUAUUUUAUAUUAUUGUGAUAGGCAGCGUUUGUGUUUUGUGCUUGUUUACCCAUACAACAUCUAAUUCAGUAUUAGAAAGGCUCAAACAAAAAAAACAAAACAAAAGAAAAACUAGAAGAAAGACAAAUCAGAUAUUGGAAAGGAAAUCACUUACUGUAAGACACGCACAAGAGUAAAAUUUUAAGGAGAUAUAAAUGAAUAUGAAUAUGAAUAUGAAUGUGUGUUCUUUUUUUUUAUAUAUAGUCAUACCAUAAUGGUAUAUAUAAGGUAUCUAGGAUAUAGAUGACGAUAUUUUUCAAUGCCAAAGAGUUCUUUACGUAGCCUAUGUUAUAUGAUUGUCACGAGAUUGGGUUUUUCAUUUGAAUCUACUCACUCAUCCAUUGUAUAUUCAAAAAAAAAAAAAAAAAAACAAAAGUUAAGUAAAAAAUGCCAAAAACGAAACAAGAAGAAAUCAAGGAGUCAAAAGGAGUUAAAAAGAGCAAAUAAAAACAAGUAUAUUAUAUAUAUAAAAAAUAUAUUUAAAUUAAAUUAGUUAUUUCAAUUUUAUACUCGUACUAAAUUUUUAACUAGAAUUAACUGUAAACUUUAUAUGCAUUUUCUUAUAUGUAUUUAUAUAUUGUACACCGACUCGGACACUGCUCUAAAAAAAACAAAAAAAAAAAAAAAAAAACAAAGAAAUCGAAAUCAAAUUGAAUCCAAAAUCAAAAUUUAAUAUUGAAUAUAUAUAUAUAUAUAUAUUUACAGCCCGAUUGUAUUAGAAUUUAUGGGAAACUAAGUAGUUACAAUGAGCCAUAGUUAUCGAAGUCUCAUUAGAGGAACUCCUAUUCCACGUAGAAACCGAUAAAAUACGAUAACAAACAAAAACCCAAAAACCGAUAGAACAAAAGAGAUUAAAGAAAGCGAAAAUGAUAACGAAAAACGAAAAGAAAUAUGCAAGUUAUACCCAAAACAUUAUUUGUUCUUAUUACUCAGUAAAAAAACAAAAAGGAAAAUCAAAAUAAAUGUAACAAUUGUGGGACUCAUUUCAUCGUCUGUUAUCGAUAGGUCUUCUUUAGCCAACUUUUUUAAAACUCUACAAGUCAUUCCUUUACUUUUCCAAGGUUUCACCUUCUAAAAUAUUUCAACUAUUUUUCUUACAUUUAAAAACCAAGAGUCCUCUAUUUAGAAAUUAUUCAGAUAUUCUUUAGGAAUAUCUGCAGAUAUAUAUUCAUGAUGUAGCUUUAGAUUAAGGAUAGUAUUUCCUAUAUUUCAGGCAAACUGUUGCAGUUUCUUUUUCAGAUUUCUAUCAACUUUAAAAACUAUAUAUUUCUUUCUGAUAAAUACAGACGAGAAAGUUCAUAUUUAGCCUUUAAAUUUACCUCUAAAAUUCCUCUAUAAUUCCCUUAAACUUCCCUUAAAACUUCCCUUAAAACUUCCCUUAAACUUCCCUUAAACUUCCCUUAAAACUUUCCUUAAAUUUCCCCCCCGAAUAAUACUAAAAACAAAUACAACUUGGACUAAGCCUAGGAAAAGCAGUUUGUAUUAAGUGUUACAAGUAUUUAUAUGUAUUUACAAUAAUGGCUAUGAAGAUAAAGUUAAACACCCGUAAAAAAUCCACAAAAAUAACAACUAGUCGUCAAUGUUCUGUGUUCCCCAGCAAAUACACCACCACCCAUAAGAAAAUACAAAAUAAUAAUAAAAAAAAAAAAAAAAAACUAUAAUGACUAUAAAAGAGCAGUAAAUAUGCAAUAAAUAUGAUUAAUAAAUUGAAACGUAAUUCGAUUACUAUGGAAAA